AUGCGUUCCUCGAUAGUAUCGGCAUCAGCUGCUGUCCUCCUCUCGGGACUUGCCAGCGCUCAGACAUUUACUGAUUGUGACCCAACCAAAAAAUCCAACUGCCCUUCAAAUGCGGCCAUUGGAGGCCUUCAAGUGACCGACUUCACUGCCGGCAAGAGUAGCAACUGGCUGGAUGAAGCUGGAACCACUAUGACAUACGACACCUCUCUUGGUGCCAAAUUUGUCAUCAGCUCAACUACAGAUGCACCCACCAUCGAGAAUGUCGGAUAUAUCAUGUUUGGUAGAAUUGAGGUGUGGGCCAGGGCUUCGGCAGGAAGUGGAAUCGUCAGCAGUUUCAUCCUCGAAUCCGAUGAUCUCGAUGAAAUCGAUUGGGAAUGGCUCGGCUAUGACAACACCCAUGCCGAGAACAACUUUUUCGGCAAGGGAAACACCACUACCUACAACCGUGCCCAAUACCCAAGUGUCGUCACACCCAUUGAUACCUUCCACAACUAUACCAUUGACUGGACAUCCGCAUCAACCAUCUGGUACAUCGACGGAGUCAACGUCCGAACCCUCGCCUUCAACGACCCACUUACCGUCGGCGGAACGAACUAUCCCCAAACCCCCAUGAAAGUCAAGAUGGGAAGCUGGAUCGGAUGUGCCAGCGUCGCAGCUCAAAGCGCCACCGCCACUGCAGGUACUUGUGAGUGGGCAGGAGGAGCCGCUGAUUUCUCAAAGGGCCCUUUCACCAUGUAUGUCAAGAACGUCACGAUUCAAGACUACGGAUGUGCCACCGAAUAUACCUAUGGCGACAUGACCGGUGACUUUUCAUCCAUCAAGAGCACCGGUGGCUGCAGCGGCGGAAAGAGUUUGUUGUCUUCAUCAUCCCCACCCUCAUCUGCUUCCGGAACCUCAUCAUCCAUCUCCUCGACCUCCUCCGGCUCCUCGACUAAACCCUCCAGCGGAGGCUUGUCAGAUGGCACUUCAACUGGAAUCGCAACACUUUCCGUAGGUAUCAAAGCUACUGCUUCGGCCUCUGCAUCGGGUUCUGCAUCUUCGUCGACAACAACUACCGGUUCGUCCACCUUAGCUCAAGUAUCGAGUUCGGACGCCAACUCUAUCAAGAAACCCAAACACGAAUAUGGCAUGAUUGAUCUCGGUGUCAUGGUUUUGGGUCUUGGACUUGGUUAUCUCGUCAUGUAA